CGUCAACGCUGGCAGUCGCCUGGCUUGUCUGUAAGGAGACUGUUACAGCAUUUACUACUCUGUCACUGGACGAGAGAGCUGCUGAGUGCAACGGAAACCCCCAGCACACCACAGAGCUGACAGACGUAUAGACCCGGAGCAGACAAAACCCUUCAGACGGCCACGGAGUUGGUAGUCAGUUGAACUUUGUACCAGGAGAGCUGAGCCUGUAUGCUGUGCCCAGACGAGGAAGCAUCAAGUCUGAGAUUGUUUCUCUGUGACAGCAAUCCUGAUAGAUUGGUGUGGUAGUAAUCCUCCUGAGCGAGUUACGGGUGUGAAUGUAGCAGCAGCCUGAUGACGCUGGCCACUCGGAAGCGCAGUGCAGAUGGUGUUCGAGUGCUUGGAACUAGUUUAUUUGGACGAGUUGGACAACGUUCCUGAAACCGGUGAUGACUGAGGUGCGCGAGCGAGCCAGGUAUUUCCCGAGCUCAGAUUCUGGUCGACUGACCACACACGUGGAGAAGAUUAUUCCGACGACACUGGCUGAGCCGAAGAAGACCACUCGAACGAGAUACGCCGACUAUCGAGAAGAAGAGAGAAACGACAAAUUGGCGACAGAGAUGGUGGUUCUGCAAGAGCAUCGAGCGAGAAGCAAUUUUGAACUAUCCUGCCCAGUGGGUGCUAUCGUACUGGUGGUGUGCCAGGACGAUCCUCUCCUGUGGCGUGUGAACUACCAGGACCGGCAGGGCCUCGUACCCAGCUCUUGCUUCCAGCCAGCACCGGCGGACGAGCCAAGUCUCAACCCGUACAGCAGCAAUCAGACGCACUCCGCGAGGGGCCGGCGUCACGCUUUCCCCACCCGGCCGUCUGCACUCUCGCUGCCCACCCUGUUCGAGUCGGAGGCGGCGCAGUUCCACUGCCUGCGUCAAGCGCUGACACCGCCGCCCUCGCGCCGUGCCAUCUCCUGGUUCUGGCCAAGCAACCGACGUCGACACCACCGCACGAUCAGCAGUGAACAACGAGAGGCGGCAAUGGCAGCGCAGAGAGACGCACCAGUGCCCCCGCUGAGACCGGCACACACGUUCGUGGAAGUCAGCCGGAACGAUACACCUCGACGACGCCUGUCGAUGACGCGCUCUGCGGGAUUGCCGUCCGACUGCCGCAACGAGAGCCCCAUGCAAUGCGGAACAGCACUUCAUUUCCGCGAACAUAGCGACGCCACGCGUUCCAUUUCUCUACCCGCCGGCUACUAUCUAGUGAAGAAGAAUGACACGUCGCCGAACCACGCCAACACGUCACCGCAAUCCAGGGCGGCCAAGGCCAAAGCAAAGCUGACGCGUCUUUUCAAUCCGACGGGGAAGAUGAACCGCCCGCUGCCGGUGCCACCGGAGGACGAUGUGUUUCAGAUCAUGUCACCGCCGAUGCACACCACCUGUCACAUAGCCGGGCAGCGCGCCAACGGACAGCCGGUGUUCGCGCAUCACCCCGUUGCCGUGCCGACCGGAGAGCGUGCCGGGCUGCGCCGCAUGGCCAGCUGGAGCGGCAACGGCAGCGUUUCCAUGGUGUCCAAGGAGACGCUCAGCGAGAUCUCGCGCCAGCAGCGGCAUUCGGUGAGUGUGGCCUCACAGCAGCAGCAGCAACAACAGCAACAGCAGUAUCAUUCUGGCCACCAGGCUGCACACUGCCAGUGCUGCUGGGAGCAACAGCAGCAGCAGCAACAACAGCAGCGGCAAGACCAGCACACCAGCUGCACUGAUCACGAAGAGCACGACGUGGUGGAGACACGCUCGCCUUGCCGGCGAAAGCCACUCACGCGUGCCAGUUCUAAUCCGGGACAAUUCAGCGAUUCAUUCUCACCGCAGGCAUCCAUGCAGAGCCGAAGAAAGAAGCGAUCGUUUGACGAGAGUGCAAAAUACCGCGCAUUCGAUUGGUUCUUUGGCCGAAUGACCCGCGACCGUGCCGAGCUGCUCCUGAUCAAGUACGGCAAAGACGAGGAUUACUUGCUAAGAGAGCGCGAAGUGGAGCCUGGGACGUACGCCAUUGCCGUCAGGGCGAGCUCAACGCUGGUGCGCCAUUUCCGAGUGUUUGAGAGCAACCACGGCUACUCGUGCAACCCGAACAGCGACACGCAGUGCCCAUCGCUAGUUGAUCUGGUCCUGCAUCAUGAGAAGCAUGCACUGCAUGGUGCUGGUGCAGCCGCUGACUCUUACUAUCUCUACCACCCACUGGACCGCAGCACAAUACCACUGCGAAUGGGCAUACCGCCCGUGCUGGACGGAAGCGAGGCGGCUAGCUUCACAUCUCCCGACUACCACAACAGCCCCGUUCACUUCUGGAACCAGACGAAGAACUACGUCGAGUCGAACUCCACCAGGCCGCAGCCUGCACCACGCAGCGAGGCAAACUUGCCGAAAGACCACCGCAGUCCAACGAACAAGAAUCAUCUCGAUGACAAACAGACGGAAAGGACAGAUGGGACAGAACAGGCUGACUCUAAACCGGAAAGCAAAGAAGGAAUCACGGCUGUCAAGAAAACCUCGGAUUCACGGAAGGAGAAGGAUUCGUUAUCAUCAAGUCAAACAGCAAAGGAACAUGCCAUUGAGAUUAGCAGCAGCAGCAGCAGCAGCAAGAGCACACAUGAAGGCAAGUCUACAGUGGAACAGCCCUCGUCGAGACAAGCAGCAACAUCACAAGUUGGAGAAGAAGACGGCAACUUUCCAGCGGAGCCCGUAUACAUGUAGUUUGUUACGUUGGCGGCGCGCGCACGGCGGUGCUACUUUGAACAGGCCACACACACCGACAUGACAUGAACUCUAUACCGUUGGAGCAUUGGGUAACCAUGGUUAUGACUACUGCGGGACUAGGUGCUCACUAGAGUCUACAGAUUAUGUGUAGUCAUGGUGAUCAGUGCACGCCGAUAUUCAACAAGUCUGUCAUCUGAGCCGGGACCCGUUUUGUUUGAUAUGACUUGCACUGCUCAAAUCAACACUAAUAAGUACUCUGUCAAUCACCUCACUUCCUAAAAUAAUAAUUAUCUAUUCUAAAACUCCCUAGCUUGCAUGAAGACAAUUGUUAAUAUUUUAUGAGCCUGCUUAUUGCCUCUUUCUAAAUUGAUGAUAGGUUUUUAUGAGGAAAGCUUGCCGCUAACACUCCAUAAGAAAAUUCCAUGUUCUCCUUCA